CAUUAAUCGACGGAGAGCACUUGGCCGCGAUGGAGGACCGUAAGGUAUAAAGGUCGACAACUUCGACGGCUGAGUCGGGAGGUUCAACAGCAAUUCCGCAGCUCUCUUGGUCCUGGAUUCGCGCUUUUGUAUCUUCAAGAUGGAGUCCUUCGGAGCCAUGAUGGUUACCCAUUCCUUUACGUUCUUCCUCGGUCUGUCCAUUUCCAAAGGCCAAAAGAUUCCCGAUUUGGUCACCUUCAUCUUGAGCUGCCUGUCCCUGCUGUACUCGCACCUGGCCCGAUAUGUCUCCCCCGAGAGCCACCGUGCUGCCAAGGCAGCUCAGAUCCUUGAUCAGGUCACGGUGAAACUUCUGGACCGGUACGAAGUGGAAGAAACCUAUCCCGUGGGGACCUGGCAGCGCCAGGCCUACGACGACUUCACCGGCGCUCUGAUCGCCAAGGACAAGAUCUUCCCCUGCAUCUACGGCACGAAAGGCUACAAAGCCAACGAGCUGGACUUUCUCUUUCUCGACUCCGAAAACCUGGACGAUCUGGACAUUGCCAAAGUCGCAGCCAAGUCCAUCGUGGAGUAUCACAAGGUGCUGCAGAGCCGGGGACGCAACAUCUCGCUGGUCCUGAUGUGCCCUCCGCCGUCGCCCACCGCCACACGCACGGUCGAGGAAUACCAUCAGCUAUUCUGGUCGUUCCUGAAGCGACUCCGCCAGCUCGAUCCCAAGCCAUGGCCGACGAAAGUCCCCCACGACACGUCCGACCGCCAGUGGUGCAUGAACUUCGACGGCCUGGAGGCCUUCUUUGCGGUGUUGACGCCCGCCCACAAGCAGCGUCGGUCCCGCAGCGCCCCGAAUUUCGCCAUGGUGUACCAGCCCCGGCUGGUGUUUGAUGUCAUUUUCAAAGAUGCGCGCUAUCGCGAAUCGGCCACCAAGACGGUUCGCGGUCUGGUGGAUAAAUAUGACCAGAUCCCGCACAGUCCGGAUAUUAGCGACUAUGCGGUGGAGGGCACCACGGAGAGUCGACAGUAUUUCCUGCUCGACCGGAAUGAGCCGGCGGUUUGCCCUUACGAGAGCCUAGAUGCGGCUGCUAAGAAGGAGCCAGUGAUUUAGAGGGGAUCUUUGCCAGGGUUGCCGGGUUGCCAUGGUGGGUUGCAGCGGGUAGGGUGCGGAC